AUGCCCGCCUACCACGGCUCCCUCUCCGCCUCAAAUACAGGCGACGGCGACCUCGGCUUGCUCGCCAUGCAGUCCAGCUCGCCAUCCACCUCCUUCGAGCCUGCAGAUCAUGCCGAUGCACGCGCUGCCGCACUGACCGCCAUCCCCGCCUACCCAGGAACACCGCCCGCCGAACCUCCUUCCACCGCAUUGCCGUUCACGGAUCCAUCUGCAUCAAGUCCCGGCGUGCAGCUCCAACCGGCUCUCGCGCCAAGUACAAGUUCAUCAGCCCCUUCCGCUGGGUUCGCAUCUCUUUCGCUCGAGGACGAGCUGGGCCGACCUAACACACCCCGCUCCGAUCUUGCACCAGCCACGUCUCCACCUUGCACCCUUCCCGUCUCCCACCGCAACAGGCAGCAUCUCCAUACCAACAGCCACUCCUCCUCCAGCGACGCCUACACCUCGGCCGCAGAGAGCCCGGCCUCGGACCGAGCGCACCGCAACCCACCAGCCCCGGCUCGAGCUAUCGAGCUAGCUUCCGCAGCACCCCUCCAAGCUGUCACCAGCUCGUCCACGCCGCCAAACGCCCCACCCGCCUCCGUCUCGCAACAGAGCAUCGCGUCGGUCUCCACCAUCAAACAGGCGCGCCUCCCCACCUCGCGUUCGCUCGCCUCUCACGUGUCUGCCGACAAGCACGCGCUGAGCCUCGAACAGGAGCUAGACGCCGACCACGACGCAGAAUCCUCGUCCAACGCACACGAUUCGGACACGCGCACCAGCCACUCGGCCGCCCUCGCUCGCUCCUCGCGCCGCAGCAGACGCUCCGGCUUGCCACCGCCCCAGGACCGCCUGCCCGUGGGCGAGGGAGGUCCGCACGCUCCGCCCCGCAACGCUUCCUUCCGCGACGCUUCCAAGCGCCUCUCGGUCGGCGCCGGCUACGGCGAUCUCGGCGUAGACGCCUACGCGCCCUCGUUUAUCGCUCCGUCCUCCCCUUCCAUGACCAGCUUUCUCGACCUCGACUCGCCCCGCACCUCCGAAUCCAGCACCACCGGUCGCUACAACGUGCCCAGCAGAAGAACUUCGCUCCACGCACCCUCACCUCGCACAUCCACCUUUCCUAUCCCGCCAGGCUCAGCUCCCGCGCCACCAUCCAGCUCGUCCGACUCGCGCAGGCAGAACGGCCAAAAGUCGUCGCGGCCCGGCUCGAGUACCAGCAAGACAGCUCGCGCAGCGACCCAGUCGAGCUCAUCACCAGCAGCCUCGGUGUCGACACACUCGCCUGGAACUGCGACACCCGCCAGCUCACUCAAGCUCGACCGCGAAGCCAUGCAGCGCUGGGUGCUGUCCGUCGGCUGCGUCAACUUUGACCUCGAGCUCGGUCCGGAUCUCGAGUUCCUCUACCCGCCGCUCGGCAUCAGCAGGGAGGAGCGCGACAACAUCGCAUUCUCGUCGUUCCCCGACACGUCCAUCUUCGAUGAUGGCUCGCUCGUCUUUUCGUGGCGAGUGCGCGAAGUGCCGCUCGACUCGUCCGGCUCGGAGCCGCCGACGAUCAAGAGCAUUGGAGACGCCUUGCAGCCAGCAGCGACGGCAAUGGACGAGGAGACGCCAAGACCUUCAAUGAACAAGGCAGCGCUGCAGAACGCGCUUGCCAAGGCAGGCAAGAAGCCGCCCACGGGCAACUUGUCCGUGCCGACCAGCCCGACUUCGCCCGCCGAGGCUGGCUUCAGGGACUCGUCUGCAUCGUCGGCCACGUCAAGUCAUGGCCUGUCGAGGCAGACCUCCGAUGCGAAUCUGCAGGGCGCUGCAGCCGGACCCACAAGCGGCUUGCCGUCGACAACGUCGUUCCACGAGCGGCUCACGCAGAAACUGUUUUCGUCCAACUCGAGCGCCAUGGCGCGCCACUUUUCGCACGACCGACACAGCAGCACGCACAGCAUGAGCUCGGCAUCGGCAGACGACGACGGUGAAGCCGCAUCGGCGGCAAAGUCGGGCAGCGCCUCGGUGGGCACGGCUUCCAACGCCUCGCCAGGCGGCAGCAUGAUCGCUUCUGGCUCGGCGCCGGGAAGUGCGCCAGGAAGCGAAGUGCUGCCCAAGCGCGUCGGCAACAGCACCAGCAGCAGCUACAUCUACGGCUACGUCUUCUUCCGCCAGAAGCGCGAUCCCACCAACCGUCGUGGCUACUUCCAAAAGUCGGUCGUCAUCCUCUCGCACCUGCCGCUCGUGGGUCUGUUUAGCGAAGUGGUCGCGCGCCUCGGCCCACUCUACUUUGAACACGGCAUGUCGAUGUUCGAGGCGUUCGCGCACGAUAUCAUGGCAUGGCCUGCGCCUCAACCUGGCACCAUCCUUACGCUUCCUCUGCUCGGCAGCAUCCUGACGGCGGCGAUUCCCUUCGGGCAGCAGCCUCAAAACUCGCCUUCGGCCGAAUCCGCGCCCAUGGCUGUAUCACACUCGGCUCCUGGCGGCUUCCGCAAUACGGCGACCAUGACUAUCCGGUCGCGCUCGCGCCAGGCGUCUGGAAACCGCGAGCUGCCCGAACCGCUCAUCGGACCCGAAGGCCCGCUACUCGCGAGCGUACCCGCCACCAGUCUGUUCGAUACGUUCAAGGAGGCGCUUGGCGAUCUGUGGCUGCUGUGGGAAUGCGUGCUGCUCGCCGAGCCCAUCCUGGUCAUCGCGCCCGAGCCCAAGAUCGCCAGCGAAGCAGUGUGGCACAUGCUGGACCUGAUUCGGCCCAUUCCGUACGCGGGCGACUUUCGACCGUACUUCCAUAUUCACGACUACGACUUCCGCACGCUCGUCACCAAGAACAAGCCGCAGGCAGGCACGCUCGUUGCCGCGACCAACCCAUUCUUCGCCACGGCGUGUGGACAUUGGCCGCACGUGCUCCGUGUGGGCAAGGCGGCGGUGAAGUUGAUCACGUUCAAGCACAAUCCCAACGGUGGUGCGGGCGGGGCGAAGAAGGGGCCGACUGUUGGCGGAGGGAUAGGUGGCGGACAUGGAGCGGGUGGUGGAGGACCGGACCACAUCCCCGGCUUUACGACCAAGCGCAAGAGACGGAUCAGUAAGGAUCGACAGCUGCUCAAGCGGUUACAGGACCUUGCUGCUGCGGCUGCCAAGAGUGGUGGAGGGGAUGAAGCGGUGCAAGCGGCGUGUCAGGCGGCAAACGUGACGAUGAGGAGGUAUUUCGCUGAUUUGACCGAGCGGUUCCUUGCGCCGUUGAAUCGGUACGUUGCCUCGCUGGUGCCUGCGUCGUUUGACCUGGGUUCGCCAUCGGAAGUGCCCAAGAUUCGGCCUUUUAACACGACGGACUUCCUCGCAUCGCUCAAGGCACACGGAACACCGUUAGCGAUCCGAUCGCGCUCGUUACCUACGGGUGCUAGUGUGCGCCAAAGUGUGUAUGUCGACUUCCUGCGGUGUCCCAACUUUUCCCUCUGGUUGCACUCUCGCGUCGCCGCCGCAGAGGAGGAACAGCGCAGGAGGUACAUCGCGAGUCUGAUGCAGGGCGAUGUGACUGCGUUCGGUAGCACGCGUGGCGAGAUCGAAACCAUCGACCUAUACUCGCGCCUCGUCGAAGAAAUCAGGCUUGUGGAUGUCCAACUCACCACCCCCACCGAACCUGGCCCCGGAAGCAGGUGGCGUACAGACACACCAGCCCCAGCCAAGGAUGGAACGGCUACCCCAAACAAGGCGGUCGUGGGCAAUACGACGGAAAAGAGGCUCAGGGAUCAAAAGGCCAAACUCAUGCAACAGCUCGAUCGACUCUGCCAGACCCUGCCUGCGGAUCUCAGAUCGAGUCUGCGCAGACCGGCGUAG